GUCCUCACCAUAUUUGUAGCGGGCUACUCAACCUUUACUAAGAAAUCAUGAAUUUCAAGUUCAAAGAGACCCAUACCUUCGAGCAAAGACAGCAGGACUCCUCCAAAAUCAAGGCUAAGUACCCUAAUAGAGUUCCAGUCGUCGUGGAACGUCAUCGCCAUUCGCAAAUACCCGAUAUUGACAAACAUAAGUUUCUUGUUCCGGACGAUGUUACAGUCGCUCAGUUUAUGUGGAUCAUUCGAAAACGUAUUGAUAUCUCAUCAGAAAAAGCCCUUUUUCUUUUUGUUGAGAAAAAUAUGCCUCAAACAAGGUAUAUUAAUCAAUUUACGAUUUGAUUCAGUUUUUAAAGUUCUUGUUUACACAAAAUAUUAUAAUCAGAUGUUUUCGACUUAAUAUGCACAAUAACUUGAGAUGGUGGAGAAGAUUUGUAGCUCCGAUGAAUGAUUUUGGUGGAGUUUUGUUCUCUGAGCUGAACAAAACUCCAUCAAAAGACACGAUAACUGUUUGUCUCGUAGAUAUUUAAAAUUCCUAUGAAUAAUCCCUAAUUUAUUCUGUAUCUUUAACGCCUUGCUUUUAGAUUGGACAGAAGUGGUACCACUUAACAUAAAAUACGAACGCUUGUUGAAAUAAUCCCGACCGUAGCUGCUACCUUGCCUACCGUAAUGACCCAACUGAACUAUAUUGGCUUGAACGUAUGUUCCUGUAGGUUCUGCCACGCUAGGCAGGUCGAUUGGAGAACGCUAAGACUAAAAGCAGCAACUCAAGGUUUGAGGGCGAAGUCGUACUGCUAACUAGAGCGGUGUGAUAGCAGUAAGUUGUUUCACUCGGACAACCAGCAUCUGCAGCAAUGCUGCCUUCUCACAAGGAAGGAAGGGGUUAGAAAAGGUUGACCCUAAGAAUGUCACGCCUCACCUUACCUCAAGGAUUUCCGUCUCCGGUGGUAAGGUCCUUUGAAGAACAGAGAUAACACAUCAAAAAACCCUCACAAAAAGGCCGCGCGUGACUGGUUUCAAACAGUCCCUUGAACUCUACGGUCACGCUCCCAGGUCGUCAAGACCAACAUUAAUCCAACUUCCUUUUCAGGUCUCAAGAAAAUACCCUUCGACUGUGUGGGCAGUCGGGAAGUGAUAUUAGUCCUCAUACCCGCAACAGCACACGAGACCAAGUUGGUCAUAUUCGAAUCCUUCCUACACCUAAUAACUUAUCUCCACGACUAACCCUUCUCACGUCCUUUUAUCACCUCGCACCCGUAGGGCAUACGAUUCAAGUACACGGAACGUUAUUCCUGGUCUCCUGAAACCACGCUCUAAACUACAUAUAGGAACUUUUAAUGUCCGAACAUUGUGUCAAAUAGGACAACAGGCUUCCUUAACUAGGACUCUAGAAUCUUACACCAUCGAUGUGUGCUACGUCUCCGAAACGCGCAUACAAGAUCCGAGUAGUGUCAUUCAUUCGACCGCACCUAAUCAAAAUAAAGUUUCAUCUCGAUACACGCUUCGUGUAUCUGGAAGCCCUGGUGCUGCUUCCUGUGGCCUCGCUGACGUAGGUAUAGCAUUAAGUCCUAGGACAGGACUAGCUCUUUUAGACUGGAUCCUAGUAGACAGUCGUCUGUGCGGUGUCUGACUUAACGGAACAGUGAGGACUCGGAAAGAUACGGAAGGCGAGUAGGUGCAACAGGACGAUCAAAAGUCGUAUAAAAAAAUAUUCAACAGAAGAUAAAAAAGGACUCAGACACACUCUCGCGUAGUUACGUACUUGAUAAAUUUAGAAUAUUUGAAUCUCUACUAGAAUAUGAAAGUCGAGUAUAUUCUGGGUAUCACUUCCAGGCAAGUUACACGGAACUACAAAAAUGGUAAAAAAUUAAGGUAGAACUUUUUAUCUGGAAUGGCCGAGAUAGUUUCUUCCCUUAUUAGGUGCUCGAGACCAAAAAUAUUGUAGUACUUAGGGAAUUUAAAACUAUAAAGAAAUCUCUACGCGUACUAUUAAAAAAAGUAUUUUACAUAUUACAAUUUUCGGAUGUUAUUUCCGUUAAUGUAGUAGGUUUCAAUGUUCAUCGUUAUGUUUUUGUUAUAACGUAUAGAUUUCUGGCCUCUUAAUAUAUAUGUCCAAUGAUACAGAAAAUACGUAUGAGCAGUCUUGGGUGCUUUUCGGUCCUUCCUAUCUGCCUAGCCCAGCCGUUAAGUCCAGAACACAAAUAACAGCCUCAGCAAUAUGAAUCAUUAUUCACAAGCAUACUGGGUUAUAUAUACUAACCAAACAGACCACAUAUAUCAAAAAUAGAAAAAUAACAUUUGUACAGUAAUUGGCCAAUGUGGCUGUAGCUAGGGGGAAAGUAAUCAAUAAUAAUAGUUCCAAGGUCAAAAUAAAGGUUAUGAUAAGAGGAACACGGAAACGAUUAGGUCACUUAUUUAACAACUAUCCAAUAGGGAAUAGGCAUAUUACAUUUGUCCAUAAAUGGACCUCAGAUUUAUGAUUCAUAAUUCGCCAGGGGAUACAACAGUUUUGAAAACAAGGUAUAACAGAUGUAGUUUUGAUGUUAAGUUUAGUUUCGUAAUGUCCGUAAUUACUUCAUGUAAUCUGAACACCCACAUAUUUGCGUGGCUUCAUCGCAUUGUGUAUAAUCCUGAUGAGUUAGUUAUCUACAUAGGAGUGUCAUAGCUUAAUGGAUGUCUACGUUUCAUUGUGUUAUAUAAAACUGAAAUGCUCUGACGAGGAGCAAAUUAGAUUUUUUUCUGUCAUAUUUUGUAAUUCUUUGUUCUUUAUCUUAUUAGUCUGGAUCGAAAUGUGAAAUACUUAUUCACUUAUAUUGUAUAGGAGAGUUUCGAUGAUGCGUUUAUAAUUUUCCAUUCAUUCAUUUCUUUCAAUCAUUUUAGUGCCACAAUAGGUCAAUUAUAUCAUAACUUUCACGAUGAUGAUGGCUUUCUAUAUAUAAGCUACAGUGGGGAAAAUUCUUUCGGCUCCGGUUCAUAGCCUUAUGUUUUCAAAACAAGAUAUUUUUCUGUACUUGUGAAAAUGAAGGUUUAGUUUAAUAUGAAUAUACACAAAUUAUUUUCAGCUUACGUUUGCUAACUUUAAAUAGUUUCCUUUUUUCAUCUAUUCUCCAAAGCAACAAUGUUGUUUACCAAUUAUGUGUUUUUUAGUGAGCUUGGAGGUUUUUUCCUGUUUACCUUCCGAUUUGUUGACCUUUCUGCCUCUUUUGUCAGAUUUAUUUAUAUAUCAUAUCGGUUUUCGGUUCAGCGGUUGUGCACAAAUGUGUUGUCAUUUAAUAAAUCUGAGCACAAUGGGCUUUGAUCCUAAUCAAUAACUUAUGUUAUUCCUGUUUUGUAUGUAAUGCUCAUUAUUAGUAUGGAAUUUUGCAUUGUUUACCGUUUUUUGUUGUCCACUAAGUGAUAUUCUCAUUGUGUUAUAUUUUUAGAUUUUCUUGUUUCUCUGUGUCCAACUGCUAUUUUUAUUCUGUGUAUAUUGUUUAUGCAUUUUAGCAAUAUUUGAUUGUAUUGUUUAAUUUUCUCACUACUGAAUUACAUAAACAGGUGAUUAUUUAUUUAAAUUUGUAUCUGUAAAUACACCUGGAUUAUUCUAAUAACUACUUGUUUCCCACAAUGAAUUAUAUUUAUUAAUUAGGUUAUAUGGUUCUCAUGGAACUUUCAUCUAGUAAGUAUUAAAAGGCACAUUGAAAAUUCAGGAUGUAGUCUGUUUAGUCAAGUGAGUUGAUUGUUUAAAUUACGUUGGACCACACUUCGUACAGAUCGCUUGCAUUGAAGAAAGUUGUAAACAAACCAAUAUCUAUUCACUUUUGGCUGUGAAUACUCUACCUGUUGCAUACAAGAUAUUGGAUUAUCCAUCUCGGGGAAAGUCUUUGUUUCAGUGUUGCCGAAAAAUUCGGAUGGUGUGCGACGUGACACGCUGCUUAGUGUAUGAUUUUUUUUCAUAGACUGUCUUAAGUGGAGAAAUAAGUAAUUAGUAGUUUUGCCAUGUGUGUUAAUAUUCUUUGGUAUAGGCGAAUUAAAGUAUUUUUAUUUAUGUUUGAGGAAUAUGCAUUUUACACAUUAGAUCAUAUCUUUUAAAUUUUAGUAAUGAUGAAUUAAACUACCGUUUUGAUAAAUUUAAAUAGCUUAUUGAUGAGUUUCAUCUUAGCAAUCUAAAUGGUUAAUUAAAUAAACUCAACAAAUAAAAACUUUGAAGAACAAAAGAAAUCAUUGAUGUCCACUGAUUUUUAUUCUUGGUUUAUAUAAUAUUAGGUAAUUUGAUUAAAUUAUCUUAUCCAUUAAGUCGACAGCACCGCAAUACAUGUUCAAUAACAAACCCAAGUUAUUUUUAGUGUGUUCAAAUCAAUGUACCAGUGUAAUAUUUUGUGAAUUUUUACAUUAAUCGAUAACUUCCACUUAUUUUCAUUUAUAGUUGUGACUACAAAUCUAGUAAUAGUGUCAUGUGACUUUCUAUGAGUUUGCAUACAACAUUGAUUAACUCGUAAGUUAAACAAAAAUCAGCUGCGUUUAAUGCUUUAAUGUUCUUCCAUUAAUCUUAACAAGUCAAAUGUCUACAUAAUACUGCGAUUGUCAAAGUGUAGGUACUUUUCAUCUAAUUGCGAGCUAGCAUCUAUUUCUUAUGUGGAAUAGUUGCCGAUAAACUUAUUUUUCGACUACACGUUGAAUUUCCGGCUUUAAAUGAUCCAUUUCUAAAUGAAAAGCCUUUGUGUGGAUUGACAUACGUUUAUUGGUUGCGUUCCUCACAAGUUGAUCUCUGCUAAAGUAUCAUUGGGAGCCAAGAAUCAUUGGACAGUUGCUUCGUCCUAGUACUCGACUACUUGAUAAUGAACAUUUACGACUUCAACACAAAUCGAAUUCAGGAGAUUCAACUCUCUCAAUGAAUGUUUAACCAGUAGAGCCACUAAGUCAGAAUUCAAUACCGAAAUAUCAACUCCAACCAUUUCGCGAUAGAAUAUGAUAGUCAUCCAGUGAUAAUGAUGACAACUUCUUGACUAUCGACGUAUCUGAACUCCACCAAUCAUUACUUCUCACCAGAACUUUAAGAACUUCUUGAGUCUUCAGAUUUAUUAUAAUAAGGUCACUAAUUGGACGUGCUUAAUAAUUUUCCACCUCAAUUAAAUCAAGGAAGGUUCAGUGAUAUGUCAAGAGAAAAUUUUAACAAGGCAAACACUAAUAAUUACAAUUAGAUAUUAAAAUUGAAGCGAUCAGAUCAAAGGAAACAUUCAUAUUGUCUACACAGCAGGUGAUCAAAUUCCAAUCAACGGUAUUCACAAUGCUCAAUUGGUAAAAAUAGACAUACGCACAGUGUCUUUUGCUGAAAUACGAUGUGUGACGAAUACAACCUACAAAUUCAUAUCAUUCUCCACAAUACCACCUCUACUAAACUGUAAUACUCAGAUCACCAGUGACUUACUUCAAGAAGUUCUUAAAGUUCUGGUGAGAAGUAAUGAUUGGUGGAGUUCAGAUACGUCGAUAGUCAAGAAGUUGUCAUCAUUAUCACUGGAUGACUAUCAUAUUCUAUCGCGAAAUGGUUGGAGUUGAUAUUUCGGUAUUGAAUUCUGACUUAGUGGUUCUACUGGUUAAACAUUCAUUGAGAGAGUUGAAUCUCCUGAAUUCGAUUUGUGUUGAAGUCGUAAAUGUUCAUUGUCAAGUAGUCGCGUACUAGGACGAAGCAACUGUCCAAUGAUUCUUGGCUCCCAAUGAUACUUUAGCAGAGAUCAACUUGUGAGAAACGUAACCAAGAAAAUUCAGUCAAUACACAACAAACUCCCUUUAUUUUGUUUACGAUUUCGAAGUAGAUUGAAUCACAGUUACAAUUUUAAAGUCCGAUUUUCUCACAGAUUGAAUAUGAAUAAAAGAAGGCUACUGAAUGAAUUUUCUGCUGUAUAAAAAGUGUCAAAAUAUUUCUUCUACAAAGGCUAUAUACAUUUGAAAGUGCUAGCUAUAACACUAUUUUACUAUAGUCAACUCUAAAUAUUUACCAAAUUCUGAUUCUGAAUAAUAAGCGACUAAUAACUUGCUUUAUACUUUGUCACUUUGAAUAAAUAUUGAUGAAUUCGGAAAGCAAAUCCUUAAUUUUUUCAUUAUAUCUUCAAAAAAGUUGACACGCUAUUUGUUGGAAGUCUGUAUGUUGAUUUACAAGUAUUGGGUCUACGUUUCCUCUUAGUUUUACACAUCAAUGAAAAAUACAUUCAAUCUUUAAAUAAUUCAGUCAGACGUAAAUAAUAACCUCAAUAUCAAUAACUAGUGUAGUCGACAACCUAAUAUAGCCACAGCCGACCUUUCGUUGUAUAUAGGUUUUUCUUCAAGACUAAUUCAAAAAAGAAUCUAAUUACUAGAUUGAAUCUCAGUAUUAUUAUUAUUAUUAUUAUU